AUUGGACAAAAACAUCGUGUUUUAUAACCAAUCAAAUCGAGUGGAUUCCCAGCGGACAAAAACACGACAGAGCGCCAUGCAACCGUUCCUUCGCGCGACGACGCCGCUGCGCGCUUUGGCACGUGGCCGCCUGGCGAUGCAUGCAAUGGCCGACGGUCUUCAGCUGCAGCGCGCGAUGGCCGCCCACAUGCAGCAGGUCUUUCCGGACGGCCUCGCCCGCGCGCUGGACCAGUCGGACCGCCAUGGCACGCCGACGCUCCACGGCGAGUCCUUUGAAAAGGCCAAGACAAUCCUCAAGAACCCCAAGAACCAGCGCUUUUUGUGGCAGGAGGCGGCGCGCUUGAACGCAUCGGGCCAGCCAAAUGUCGUCCUCGACGUGCUGUACGCCAAGAUCUUUGCCGCCCAGCAGCGCCAACCAUCGUACCUACCGCGAACGACGAGUCUCUUCUUACAGCAGGUGCUUCUCGCGGCGCUGGCGACGUCCAAUGCGACGACGGCCGUCGACGCGCUCGUGCAACUCGCGGCCGUGGACGCCGACCUUGUCCCCCACAACGUGCGGACGCUCUCGGUCGACGCCGUCUUGCGCCUUGCGCUGGAGUCCGCGCCGCACCUCGUGGCCGACAUUGCGCCGCUCCUGGCGCCGCUGCACGUGGCGCUCGACGCGGCGAUCGCGCCAGCCGUGCUGCGCGCGCUCUUCGAAACGGGGGCGUACGAGACCCUUCUCGCGUUGGCCGCGUCUGCGCCGGGGCCCCUGCCGCUCACCACGCACGCCAACGUGCUCGUGGCCAUGUUCCGUGCCGGCCACACCAUCGACCACGUCCAAAGCCGCUACGUGGACGUCGUGCUUGGCGCCUAUGCCGACGCGUCGCAAACCAACGUCCUUGGUUUUCUCCUCGUCCACGCGUGUACACACGAGCAAUUCAACGUGGUCGCUGACGUGCUAACGUGGAUGGAGACGCAUGCGUAUCUGCUGCCGGUCGACGAAACCCUCGUGUUGUACCAUACGCUUUUGCCAUCGUCGACCACGGUAUCGGAGCACUGUUUGGUCGAGCUUCUCGAGGCGUACCCGGCUGUGCUGCCGGCGACGACGCGGACGCUCUCGCUGGCCGUCAGCGCAUCGUCCUUCUUCCAGCACCCGUCCGUUGCGACGCGCGUGCUGGAUUAUGCGCAGGCAAAGAGCAUUUCGAUUCUGGAUGUCGCCUAUGGCCACGCAGGCGCGACGGCCGGGCUGCUGCAUCGCCAUCGCUUCAAAGCCCGCUACAAGGAUGACUUUUUAGAUGGCAAGGUUGCGACGGCCCGCCAGACCGACGUCCACGACGCAGGGUACCACUUUACUGGCGCGCUGCUCCAGUUCAUGUGCGCGCAGAACGCACACGACGCGAUCGAGCUGCUUCUCAAGGAGCUGCAGUACUACCAAUUGGAGGCGACGGAAGACGACAUGGACAGCGUGCUCCGCAGUCUGCCGCCCCACCGAAGCCUCUACUCGCUCUACGAAGCGUACCCGCGCGUGGUCAAGAACGCGCCUUUGGCGCUCACCCGCGGCGUCGCCGACCUGUUGCGGAUUCGCCCACGUGGCAGCGCGACCGCCGCCGAAAUGGACCAAGCCAUGCAGCUCUGGCGCUGUUACGUGUGGACGGAAGCCGUGAAGCUCGACGACAGCGUGUUUGGUCUCUUGACGUACGCGGCGCUGCGGGACCAGCGGUCGGUCUCGAUGCUCACCGAGAUCGCGACGCAGUACACGCAGCAGGAGGCCGGUCGCCACCUGGCGACGCUCCACUCGGCUGUGCUGCAGCUCUGUGCCAGCUGCAACGACGCGAGCACGAUGGCAACGUUGCUCCGGCAGCGGCCCGCGGGCCUGCCACCGCUCAACGACGUGGAUAUCGACCAUGUGCUCGAUGCGAUGCCGUCGACCGAGGUCUCGGUGCUUGGCUAUUUGCAAAGUUUGCCAAAUGACGCCCUGCCGUGGACGAGUCCGCGUUUACUGAGCCGCGCGCUUGUGGCCGCUCUCUCGGCCCGCCACGCCACCGACGCGAUCGAGGUCCUCGGACGCGCGAUUGACUCGGGUGUUGAGCUCAGCGCCGAUGCGUGCAGAGCGUGCGUGCUUGUGCUCCAAGACGACGCGGUCGACGCGUCGUUCAAGGUCGAUGUUCAGCUCUCGAUGGAGACGCUCUGGGCCACGACGACCGACGCGUCGAUCCGUGCUCUCCUCGACCGCUAUGCGUAAUCGCUUUUAGAAUAGAGAUGGGCUCUAGUCCAACCCUGCGCAUGGCAUGGAGAAUAGGAUGACAUUGAG